AUGAACAACAACCAAUUCCGCCGCCUCAUCCUCAACAACGACGCCGCGAAAAAUGGCACUUCCCCACCCACCACCACAGCGUCCACCGCGCCCUCCACCUUGGGAGCGAAGAAGUCCAGCUUCAUGCCCAUGACCCCCCGCACCCUCAAUCGCGGCGGCAGCGGCAGCGGAAGCAACGAAGUCGACUUUGCCCGCCAAGUGCGCGAACGCAACACCGCCCUGCAUCCCUCCAAGAAUAAGAAAUUCAAAUCCGUUGCGCCAAAGGGCGUCAAGUAUGCCGCUGGCUACACCGAUCGGGCGAAGGCUAGAGCGGAGCGGGAGGAGGACGGGGAGGAGGAGGACAAGGCGAAGCGGGUUGCUGCGCUGGAGGAGCAGAUGAAACUCGGGCAGAUUUCGGUGGAGACGUUUGAGACGCUGAGGGAUCGGAUUGCGGGUGGGGAUGCGGGGAGUACGCAUUUGGUUAAGGGGUUGGAUUGGAAGUUGUUGGAGCGGGUGAGGAGGGGGGAGGAUGUGUUGGGAGGGAGGAAAGAGGGGGAGGGUGAGGAAGAAGAGGCGACCGCGGAUGUGGACGAGGAGUUGGACAAGUUGGGGGAGAGGGAGGUGGAGGCUGUGAGGAAGGAAAAGGUGGAGAAGAAGGGGAGCAUGGCUGCACCACAACCUCUCGCGGGGACGAAGAGGACGCGAGACGAACUCAUGGCGGAGCUCAAGGCUCAGCGUAAAGCUGCCGCCGAAGCAAAGGCCGCUGCACCCCUACUUGACAGCCGAUGGAGGAAGGCGGGGGAUCCGGGCAAAAGUCGCAUUGAGAUUGAUCACAAGGGGAGAGAAGUGCUGAUUACGGUGGACGAGGAUGGUGUUGUGAAGAAGAAGGUGCGCAAGGUUAUGUCGAAACAGGGCGAGGAGGAUAGACCUCCCCUCGCGGACAUGCCAGAUGAGAGCAAGCCGGUGCUUGGAGCAGAUGCUGCAAUCCCAGAGACAGCACCCGCACCCGUGGCUGACGACGAGGACGAAGACAUUUUCGCGGGUGUCGGAACCUCAUAUGAUCCACUUGGAAAUGAAGACGACAACGAUGACGACAGCAGCGACGACGAAGACACAGAGAAAGAAGCCAAACCAUCUCAACCCAAGCCUAACAAGCCCAAAGAAGAGACCACCACCGCCGCACAACCUACCACAACCCCUACAGAAAACACAACCAAGCCCCAACCGCGCAACUACUUCAAAGACACCCCAUCAACGACAGCAGAAGAAGAACCCGCCCAAGACCGCAUGGCAGGCAUGCAAGAACUCCUCAAAAAGGCCGCCAAAAUGGACUCCACCGCAACAGGAGAAGGAACCAACGAUGAUCCCGACGACGAGGAUGAAGAAGCGCGCGCCGCCCGCCUCAAGAAGCGCGCCGCUAUGCUCGCACAGCAAGAUCGGGAUGAAGAGGAUCUCGAUAUGGGGUUUGGGAGUAGUCGGUUCGAUGAUGGGGAGGAUGAAGGGGAGGAUGGGAAGGUGAAGUUGUCGGAGUGGAGGGGCGGAGAUGGUGAUGGGGAGGAUGAUGGUGAGGGAGGCAAACGUGCAGCGGGGAAGAAGGGCAAGCGGAAGCCGAAGAAGAGGAAGGGGGAUGGGAAUAAUAUGGCGGAUAUCAUGCGGGUGCUUGAUGGGAGGAAAGCGGCGGCUGGUGGGUCGAAGUAG